AUGGCUACCGUCGAGUCAAUCAAACGUUCUUCAAAGGCCAAACGGAGGUCUAUGCCCGAAAAUAUAGGUCGCCUUACAAACCUCUUGGAAGAAACUGAAAGUAGCGCUAGUAAUAUUCCACCAACGUUGCCUCCACUACAAUCUGAAGAGAAAGAUCACCACAUUCUGGACUUGUUAUUAAAUGAAGAAUUUAGCGAGGUAGAGUUAGGAUUAUCGCAACCCUCAACACCAACCGCUGGUGCACCUGGAGAGGGAAGUAAUGAUAACGCUGACACUAAUGAAUUACAAAGAGAGUCAAAUGGUGAUCUUCAAGAAUCGGAUGAACUGUCGAGACUUAGUUCUGGAAAAGAAGAGAUAAACGAUGUGCUGGUUUCUCAGGAUGUUAUCGAAUCUUUAACAACAGUUAAGAAUGUAGCACUCCUUGCACUGGAUAGUCUUUUACGACAAAUUGUCUCUGAUCAAACUUCUAUAUCUACAAUUCCAAAUUCUUCAAAUACAUCAAGGAGUGAUCCCUGGAGGAGACGCUACUCUUUCAGUCAUACACCUAUCUCUUCGAAUAAGGAUCGUGAAUCAAAUAACCUAAGCAUUGAGAGUAGAAACUCUUGGAUAAGGUCACAGUUACUAGCUGGCAUUGCUCAUAAUGCAACUAUACUGAGUGCCAACGGUGAAAUACAGCAAGUUGAACCAUCAUCAUCUGAUAUCGCUACAAUCAACACAAUCCGACGCCAACUAGAUUCUAAUAGUCCACUCGUACCUAAUGAUGAUUACAGUUUAGCAUGUACUUUGGCUGCGUUACUUGGUUAUUUAUAUAGAAUUUUGGAGUUGUGUCAACCUCAAAGUUUCCAAACUGAUGUAAUUAAUAAUGGUAGUUCAAGCUUUCACAUUGCAAUUUUACAGGAUGUUACGAAUAGCGAUGAUAUUUAUAGUACUUUACACAAAGAAGUUACAACUUUGCAAAAUCGAAGUGCAAGCUUAAAUUUGAAUGAUAAUAUUGCAGAUGAACGCCUAGCAACCUGGAAUGAAAUUGAUCAUCUGAUGGAGAUUGUUGCAAGUUUAUGUCGAGAUAGGUUUAACAUCGAUCCGCCCCCGAGAUAUUCUUGUGACUUUGAUGAAAAAGACAGAACUAGCAUUGAUCCACCAAAAUAUUCAUCUCUGGAUCUGGAUAUAGGAAGUAACAAUGAGAAGACACAGCGUGACCUGGAGAAUGUAAUUUCUGCGAUAGACCGUGUUUAUUAUGUCGCACCUCAGCUUAAUAAUCAACGUGUAGAACUGAAUCCACGUCAAAAAAAGGAGCUGACCGCGGCAACUCUAUCUAAUGCAAUUCAUAAAUUAUCACGAG